GUGGUGGUCACCAUUGCAGCAACUGACAUAGAUGACCCUGCAAUGGGAGGAAAUGGACAAAUAACAUACUCAAUCAUCGGUGGUAAUACAAACAGUGACUUCACAAUCGAUGCCAGCAAUGGAGAGAUCAAAACAGCCAAACUGUUGGACUAUGAGACAGCAGUGUCCCACUCAUUGACAGUGAAGGCAGUAGACAGAGCAGGUGAUGCACAAUCCAGGUCUGCCACAACAAUUGUAUCAAUAACAGUCACUAAUGUGAAUGAGCAUAGUCCAAUAUUUACCCCAACAACUAUCAUCAAGGCAGUACCAGAAAUGACAGCCAUUGGAACUCUCAUACAUCAGAUUCUUGCAACUGAUGCAGAUAGUGGCACAGAUGGAGAUCUUACGUACACAAUGACAGCUCACGCCACAUUUGCCCUAGCAUCCGAUGGAGCUCUAACCUUAAAAGAUAAUCUGAACUAUGCAACUGCCAGUACACACUCUCUUACUAUGACAGCAACUGAUAGUGGAACACCACCUAGAAGUACAGACGUUAGUGUUACAAUCAACGUAGUUGACGACAACAAUAACACGCCAUCAUGCUCCCCUAGUUCCACAACUGUCAUUCAAAGAGAAGACCAUACUGGUAAUGUGGCUACUUUGUCAUGCAGCGACUUGGAUACAGGAGCAAGUGGAACACUUUCCUACAUUAUAGAAUCCGUGAAUGCUGUUGCUGGAAGUGGUUCAUUUUCUGUUGAUACGAGUGGUGCUGUCACUACAACAGGCUUGGAUUAUGAAACUGCAACUUCGCACUCCAUCAUAAUAAGAGUCGAAGAUGGUGCUGUCCCUGCGCUAAGCACAUCAACUACAGUGAUUGUGUCAGUGACAGACGUAAAUGAGGCUGCUCCAGUAUUCCUUGGAACGCCGUUCAACCCUUCCAUGGCAGAAUCGGAGGCAGUAGGAUUUACGGUACUUACUGUGGCUGCAACUGAUGCUGACACCGCAAAUACUGUUACAUAUUCCCUGACAGACACAACAAAUCUACUCAUAGGAUCUGCUACAGGAGUAAUAACGCUGAAGGUUCAACAAGACAGAGAAACCAAUCCAACUGUGACUGUUGAUGUAUGUGUCACUGAUUCAGGCACAGUUGAUGCAAUCAAAUCCACAUGUGAGACUUUGACACUCACUAUAACAGAUGUCAAUGAUAACCUGCCAGUGUUUAAUCCAUCGUCAUAUACAACAAACGUAGAUGAGAACACAGCUACAGGGACGACUGUGAUGACAGUAACUGCAACAGAUGCGGACGAUCUAGGCUUUGGAACAAUUACCUACUCCAUACUAAGUGGCAACACAGACACUGUAUUUAGCAUUGCAGCAGGUGUUAUCACAGUUACUGACAAUACUGGCUUGGACUUUGAGAGGACCCAACUCUUUACUCUCACAGUGAGGGCUACUGAUGGCGGGGGCCUGACUAGUGACGUCAUAGUGUCCAUAGGUGUCAAUCCUAUCAAUGAAAAUUCUCCAACAUUCGCCCCGGCAUCAAGCACAGAAAUUGUUCCUGAGGACAGUGUACUGGGACAUGUUGUUAUAGAUCUUGAUGCUACAGACACUGAUUCUGGACUAGAUGGACAAGUAACCUACAGCAUCAUAUCGGGAUCACUUGGGAAGUUUGUGGUUGACUCAUCAACUGGCAUUGUGAGAGUAAGUGACGUCCUCGAUGCCGAAUCUGUGUUAUUAUACACUGUUACAGUCCAGGCAACGGAUGCUGGCACUAAUCCAUCAACACUGAGUGGUACCUAUAUCCUAACUGUAUCAGUGACUGAUGUAAAUGAUGCAGCACCAUCGUGCACUCAGGCAUACUACUCCACUGCCAUAACUGAAUCAACAGGACCAACAACGUCAGUUCAGCAAAUCGUGUGUUCAGACUCGGAUAUAAACGCACCAAACAAUGCCCUCAGUUAUACCAAAAUUGCAGGGGAUCCAGGGAACCUGUUUGACCUGGAUACUUCUACAGGAUUGGUUUCUGUUGCUGCAGCAGCAUCCUUUGAUAGAGAGACAACUGCUUCAUACCUUCUGAAUGUUACUGUUACUGAUGGUGGAGCCACACCGCUCUCUACAGUCAUCCACGUCUUUGUCAGUAUCACAGACGAGAAUGACAACACUCCAGCAUUUGGCCAGAACCCGUACACGCCCAGCAUAGCUGAAGAUGCCACCCCUGGAUCAGCUGUUGCGACAGUAGCAGCAACAGAUACAGAUGCGGGUUCAAAUGGAGAUGUAGUUUAUUUCAUUUCAUCUGGCAAUUCACUGGGUCACUUCACUGUGGACUCUGUGACAGGAGUUGUGUCUGUCCAGGCAUCUCUUGACAGGGAGUCUUUAUCUUCAUAUGUUUUGGAAGUCAAGGUUCAGGACAAAGGAACCCCUACAAGCCUUACUGGAACAUCAACUGUUUCGAUUACAAUAACUGAUGUCAAUGACAACUUUCCUCUUUGUACCUCAUCUGUAUACACAGGCAAUGUUCCAGAAGAUGCUGCCCCAGCCACGUCCGUUGGCACUGUGUCCUGUCCAGAUGCUGAUGAUCCUCCUAACAAUAAUGUUGUAUACACAAUCACAGCAGGCAACACCGGGAGCGUGUUUGCUGUUGGGUCUACAUCAGGAGAGGUGACAGUGAAUGCAGGACUUGAUGCAGAAACACUGAGUGUGUACAAUCUUAUAGUGCAGGCUUCUGAUGGAACCCUCACUACCUAUGCCAUUGUAACAGUCACAGUAUCGGAUGUCAAUGAACAUGACCCGGUCUUUGCGCCACCUGGACCCUACUCCGAGUCAUUCAGUGAGGAUACAGCUUUAGGAACUACUAUUAAGGACAUUAAUGCCAACGAUAAUGAUGUGUCUAAUUCUGUUCUAUCAUUCAGCAUAACUCUAGGAAACACAGAUAACAAGUUUUGGAUUGAUCCAACAUCAGGGACAGUUGUUCUUCAGGCAGCUCUUGACAGAGAAACCACAGACACAUAUUCCUUGACAAUAGAAGUAGCUGAUGGAACUGGAGCUGGAAGUCGCACAGCAACGACUCAGCUAACAGUAUUAGUCCUCGAUGUAAAUGACAAUGACCCGGUCUGUGCUCCUUCCAACUAUAUCAACACAUUACCAGAAGAUUCCAGUAUUGGAACAACUGUAAGCAGUCUAACAUGUUCUGAUGCUGAUUCUUCUACCCCUACCCUUGCUUACAGUAUCACAACAGGCAACGGGGAUGGCAAAUUUACCAUCGAUGCUGCUUCUGGGGUGGUCACCAUAUUUGCUUUGCUCGAUUAUGAAACAAAGACUUCCUAUAGCUUGGAAAUUCAAGUAUCUGACCAAGGGGGUACUGCAAGAGUUAUCACUGUUCCUUUGAGUUUAGAUGUAACUCCUAUAAAUGAAGCAGCCCCUGUAUUUUCUGCGGUUACUCCUGUGGCUAUUCAGGAAGACAUCUCCAUAGGAACGCCUGUGUGCACAGUAACAGCUACAGAUACUGAUAAUGGUUUACUUCAUGGGACAAUUAGGUAUUCUAUAACAACUGGAAAUGGUCUUGGACAUUUUACAAUCGACAAAGGAACAGGUGAAAUCAAGACUGUAGGUAAUUUAGACAGAGAAAGCAUGGCCUCAUACGCUUUGAAAAUCCGUGCUACUGACGACUAUGCUGGUUCAGGUAAUGAGCGUAAUUCUGAAGUGGAUCUCAGUAUAACAGUGGGUGAUGUGAAUGAUAACAUCCCUGUGUUUGUACCAGUCAUCUACAUCAAAGAUGUCCUUGAGACAGCACCAAGUGGAUCUACAGUGGCAGUAGUGACUUCGCGAGAUGACGAUGAUGUCCCAAAUGCAACACCUGUGUACACCAUCUUAUCGGGAAACACAGGAAAUGUUUUAACAUUUGUUGGAAAUGAACUCAUACUGGAUACAGGAAAAACUUUCAAUUAUGAAAUAUUGACAAAGUAUGACCUUGUUAUUCAAGUUUCAGACAGUGGAACCCCAUUAUUGUCAUCGAAUGGCCGAAUCAUCAUAAACGUACUAUCAGAAAACGAGUUUGCUCCGAUCCCUGCUGUCCCGAAUGACAGCAUUACCGUGAGCGAGCUCAUUCCAGUGGGAACCAACUUUUACAAUGCAAGUGCAGUAGAUGGCGAUGCAGGAACCGAUGGAGAAUUCUUAUGGAGUAUCACAAAUGGAAAUAGCCCUGAACUUUUCUUCUGCAGCCCACAGCUAGGAGAACUGUAUACAUCGUCCGUUCUAGAUUACGACACACCUCCCAACUCUCACAAUAUUACUGUUGAAGCACAAGACAAAGGUGGCUUGACUGGGUCAUUCUGGCUUGAAAUUGUACUUCAGGAUGAAAAUGAUGAAUAUCCAGUAUUUUCUCAAUCAAUCUAUACUCCUUUUCUGUAUGAAAAUGUCCCUAUUGGUAGUGGUGUCACAACUGUUACUGCAACAGACAAAGACUCGGGGAUCAAUGGACAAGUCACCUACUCAAUAUUAUCUGGAAGUGGCCAAACAUACUUUGCAAUUCACAGUACAACAGGUGUCAUAACUACAGCCAAGGAUAUUGACCGUGAAGAGCAUAUAGAAUUAUUCCUUAUUCUACAAGCCAUCGAUGGUGGAACGCCUCCUCUGUCUACUGUUGGAGUCGUCAAGGUGAUCAUAGUUGACCUUAAUGAUAAUGCUCCUACAUUCACACCUGACUACUUUGUUCAGAGUCUGUCAGAAGACACAACUGUGGGAACUAGUGUGACGACCGUCUAUGCCAAAGAUGCAGACUCUUCUGCUAACAACAAUAACGUCUUCACCUACAGUCUCACUGAUGCCUACUUUGAUGUCAACCCAGGAUCUGGGCAGAUUUCAGUCAAAGCUCCUUUGGAUAGAGAAACUAUUUCAAGCCACAACCUUACUAUCUAUGCAACAGACCUCGGGUCACCAGCCAAUACGGGAACAGCACUUGUGACAGUCAACCUCCUAGAUAUCAACGAUAACAUACCGGACAUAACAGGAAGCUACUCCACUAAUCUGAGUGAGGACAUCAGCCCUGGAACCAUUGUGUUCACUAUUGCAGCCUCUGACAUAGAUAGUGGUGUGAAUGCUGAACUUGUGUACUCUAUUGUGUCUGGAAACACUGAUGGAGAUUUCAAGAUAGAAAUUGGGAGUGGUAUUGUUCAAGUGGAGAAUUCACUGGACAGGGAGAGAACCACGUCCUACAACCACGUCAUCCAUGUAACUGACAAGGGUACACCUCCACUGACUGCUUCUGUUACCACCACGAUAGUAAUCGAUGAUGUGAAUGACAACAAUCCAAUCUUCAACUUAUCACCAUACACCUUCAACAUAGCCGAAAACGUUCCUUCUGGGUCAUCAGUUGGUACAGUACAAGCUACAGACCUAGACAGUCUAACAAAUGCAGCUCUGACGUAUGAGAUUGUUGUCUUCUGGAUUGGCGAAGCAUCCCAUUUCAACCUUGAUCUUUCAUCUGGAGUAAUCACUACAGCAGCGAAUCUGGACCGAGAAACUAUUGACACAUACAGUUUGAGAUGUCGUGCUAAAGAUGGUGGCACUCCACAAUUAACUGGAGAUGUGAAUGUGACAAUCGUGAUUGAUGACUUGAAUGACAACCCACCCGUCUUCAACCCCAUACAGUAUACUGGAUCGGUAAAUGAAAAUACGGUUGUGGGAACGAGCAUAUUGACCGUUACAGUCACUGAUGCAGAUGCCCACAAUGGUGCCAUAACUCUGUCAAUCGACACUUCAACUCCUGAAGGGGUCAGAGGGGACCAGUUCUUAAUAGUUGAUCCUACUUCAGGUAUUGUCAGUGUCAAGUCUGUUAUGGACAGAGAGGUUGACGUGGAAUUCAAUGUGACCAUUUUAGCUGUUGACAAUGGGACAGUUCCACUGACAGCCUCAGCUAUUGUUCACAUCACAGUCAUCGAUGAAAAUGACAAUACCCCUGUCUUCAGCACAACCUUCUACAACGCUGAGAUCGCCUACACAGGUUCCUGUGACAACACUAUUUUGACUCUGACGGCGACUGAUGCUGAUUCCGGACCAAAUGGUCAAGUGUCCUACUACCUUUCCCAGAAUCCUUAUGGAUUUUUCUUUGCUGUUGGUGCCAAUUCAGGUGUUGUGACGCUACAGACCCCAGUGUCAGUGAACACAAAGUAUGUACUGGAAGCCUCAGGGAAGGACGGUGGUGUUUCUUCGAGAACCACCAACCCUGCAGCAUCAAUUCGUGUGGACACAUUCGACCCCAACACAGUGGCCGUCAUCAUCAAACUUGGCAUAAGCAAAGCCGAUUUCCUCCUUAGAAAGGAUCAGUUUGUGUCCCAAUUCAAGACUGUCAUGUCAUCCAAAUACCCAUCUUGUCUUGUACGGGUCUGGUGCAUCACAGAGCGAUCGGGGGAGACGGCAGUAGCAGCACCAACAAGAAGGCGACUCCUGGCCUCAAGUCCAGUAGAUGUCAACCUUGUUGUUGUUGCGGACAACUCAACCGACUCGUUAAGCAACCUGUCCCAGGGGAAGACUUUCCUCACUUCCAGUGCUGUCACCAGUGUGGUAGCGUCCGACCCGUCAGGGACGCCAUCAUCUUCUCUGCAAGGGUCAGCCUGGGACUACUUUGUGAUCCAGAACGCCAGCCCCUACACGGAGACUGUCACCCCAUGGCAUCAGACCACAGUCGGCAUCGUCUUUAUCACCCUCGCCUGCCUCCUGACCGUCGUCCUCAUCGCCAUCACCAUCUUCGCCAUCGUCUGGUGGAGGAAGAAGAGAAGGCCGAUAACCCCGACAAAACAGCCAAAGAAAGAGCAGAAUCACAACAGGUUCUUCCAAACAAAACCAACUGUCCCUGAUCUUGACGUAAAGAAAACAAAGCAGUAUCCUCCCGCAGUGUUUGCGGCUGUUCCCCGGACGCCGCCACGGGUUGAGACGACUAAGGAGGAGGAGUACUUCCGCCCCAUGGAGACGAAGAGAGGCUACAGUAACGUGAGUCCCCCGAGGACACCCCGCACCGUACUGCUGUCGCCUAAAACUGGUACAGCUGAACACAUCAUCAUCAACAGACAGUUUGACGGAGCAGCUAUAGAUCCAGCCACUGGCAAGGUGUACGAGUACAAUACUCGGACAAAUGAAAGACGCUGGUUGUCGACACCGGAGGGCAAAGCAGUCAUGUUAACUGAUGAUCAUGACUGUGAAUGGGAUUGCGAUAUGAGUUAUUUCACGCUAGAGCAGAGGAAAACGGGUUGUGACAUGCUACUGCCCUCAAGUUCAGCCAACAGUCUGCCGUUUGUGAAUUCGGUACAAAUUCGCCUGUACACUCGAUUGCGAGAAGACGAGAUGAGGCGGCUGUUGGCGGUAUUCUUGUGUUGCGGCGUCUCCUUCAUCUGUGGUCAGCCGGCAAUCACACUUCCCAAGGAUGACGGCACAAGCGAGGUGACUAUUCCGGAGGACACGACAUCGGGGACGGUCAUCUUCACCGUACAACCUACUCCGGCUGCUGGGACGACGUGGACCUACACCCUGACCCCCUCCACCAGCCCCUUCUCUAUCAACAUCGGCGGCAGCGUCACUUUGUCAGGGCCUGUUGACUACGAGUCCGCCAUCAAGUCCUACACGCUGUACAUUCAGGUGACUGACGCAGUUGGACCCACCGACAGGAUCCUCACUGUCUUCAUCAGCAACGUGUACGACGUCAGCCCGACACUCACGCCCCCCUCGCCCAUUCCCACUAUAGAGGAGGAAUUGGUCGUUGGCACCACUGUGGCAACCUUCACGGCAACAGACUCGGAGACAGUAGACGGGGAUACACUGUACUUUUCAUUACUAGGCGCGGACAGCAAGUAUUUACAAAUAGACGCUACCACCGGCGGCACACUUACAAUCAGGGACCGCAUCGACUAUGACGUCGGGCUCACCUCUUUAGACGUCACCGUGCAGGUGUCAGACAGUGGGGGCAACACUGCAUCACAGGCAGUCACCUUCACCGUCAACGACAUCAACGACAACAGUCCGAUCUGCUCACCAGGGUCUGUCGUCGUCACUGUACCAGAAGGCACUGGAGGAGGUACCACUGUAGGCACAGUGUCCUGUACAGACGCUGAUUCUCCCCCGAACAGUGACCUCAUCUACACCAUCUUCACCGGCGACGACGCAACGGCAAAGUUCGACAUCACGGCGAGUGUGAUCUCCACAUCGACCACACCACUUGACUAUGAGACCAAAUCUGACUACACGUUAGUCGUGCAUGCAGUGGACAGUCCUGCCUCCGGAACACCGCGAACUGGGACGGUUGCUGUCUACAUCAAGGUGAGCACCGUCAACGACUUUGAUCCUGUCUGGGGAACCAAUGUACCAGCAGGGAAAACCUUCUCCGUAUUAGAGUCAUCUCCCCUUGGGACAUCCAUUGUUACCAUAGUAGCAACAGACAAUGACCUUGGCACAGAUGGAAUAUUGACAUACCAACUUGUUUCCGUGACAACUGAUGCCGGGAUCACUGUAGCCGACGUCCUGGCGCUAGGUACAUCAACAGGGAAACUGACGACGAUCAAGAUACUUGAUAGAGAAAGCGUCACAUCUUACACAGUGGUUGUCAGGGCAACAGAUGGUGGGGCACCAGCACGAUUAGUUGACGACACGCUCACCAUUACUGUCACCGACGUCAACGACAACGCUCCUGUCUUCACCGCCGCCAGCGUUCUCACUGGAUCAAUACCUGAAGAUUCCGCGGUUGCGACUCCUAUCCUAACGCUCGUGGCGUCCGACGCCGACGCAACGUCAACGUUAACCUUUUCAGUCACCGGCGGUGACGUUGUACCGCCAAAGUUUGAGUUCAGCGGCACGACGCUAGGACAGCUUCAGCUUGCAAGUCCCAUCGACCUGGACCAACCGACAAACGACGCCGGUUACUACACUCUGACCGUCAUCGUGACAGAUGGAGGGACACCCGAGAUGACGGGAACGACGUACGUCUCUGUCACCAUCACUGCCGUCAAUCAGCACACACCCGUCAUGAACACACCGUCUCCGGCUUCUACUGUCUUUGUGGCAGAGAAUAGCAACGUCGGGACGUCAGUUGCAACGAUCACAGCCACUGACAACGACUACGGCACUGACGGCAUAGUGUCGUAUUCAAUAACAGAUGGCAACACCGGACCAGCUUUCGUCAUCGACUCAGCAACAGGAGAGAUUCGAACGAUGUCAGCUUUAGAUUUCGAAACCACCAAAUUAUACAACCUUGAGGUGACUGCCACAGACGGAGGGUUACCUGUGACCUCCACCGUCACAGUCUCCAUCACCGACAUCAACGAGGACGCGCCUACCUGCACUGACUAUUACAUCCAACAAGCUAUGCCGGAGGAUGGCACUGCACCUACGGCGGUCACGUCCCUCAUCAGCUGCAGUGAUCCUAACGCCGACACACUGACGUACACCAUCAGUUCAGGGAACCCACCUGGCCUCUUUCUGAUCAACUCGGCCACUGGCGAAUUAUCAGUUUCCAAAGUGUUUGACUACGAGACGACGACAGGCUAUCUCCUGGCGGUGACCGUGACAGACAGCGGGACUCCCCCACUCUCAGUAAACGUCGCCGUGAGAAUCCUGGUCACCCCCGUCAACGAAGCCCCGCCCAUCUUCAGCCAGACCACCUACACCGUGGCUACAACAGAGAGUGCCCCAUUUGGGGACAGGGUGGCGCAAGUGACGGCGACAGACGCCGACGUUGGGGCAUUAGACGGCACAGUACGAUACAGCAUUACCGACGGGGACAGUCAAGGCAGGUUCACAAUUCGCGAGUCAGCAGGGAGUAUUACCAUAGCCAAACCGCUUGAUAGAGAGUCUCUGGAUACUUACAAUCUCACUGUGAUAGCAGUAGAUGAUGCACCAGGGUCAGUGACAGAACGGACCGCAACUGCCUUUGUAUUUGUGACCGUGACGGAUGCUAAUGACAACUCCCCGGUGUUUACACCGUCGACCUACGUCGGACUUGUGUCGGAAGAUGCUAGUCCUCUUGCGGUUAUUCUCACUGUAACAACCACUGAUGAUGAUCUUGCAGGAAAUGUCAAUUCUAGGAUACAAUACAGUGUGAUUUCGGGGGCCACUGGAAAUGUAUUCGAAUUUUCAAAUGCUGAUUUACGGUUAGCAGCAGGAAAGAGUCUCAAUUAUGCAACGUCGUCAUCCUACGAUCUGGUGAUCCAAGCUGCUGACAAGGGAAACCCCGUGCUGACCACUACAGCAAGGGUCACUGUCAAUGUCCAGCCAGCGAAUCAGAACAAUCCGAUAUUCACAGAUCCAAACCAGAGCAUUUCUGUAGAUGAAUCGGUAGCUGUUGGUACAAAGAUCCUCACCACUACCGCUACAGAUGCAGAUUCAGCGAUCUUUGGGAGCGUAGCAUACACAAUCAUCAGCGGUAAUGUUCCGGCGAACAGUUUUGUAAUAGAUGAUGUAACUGGAGAUAUUCUGGUCUGGUCGAAGCUUGAUGCUGAUGUCGCACCCGGCUUCUUCAACCUAACAUUGGAGGCAACUGAUGGGGGAGGGAAGUCUGCCACAACAUGGCUGCACAUAGCUCUCAACGACGUAAACGACAACUACCCACAGUUUACCAGAAAUUUAUACAACGUCGCCGUCGACGAGAAUCUGAGCAUAGGCACUUCCGUUGCCCGCAUCGUCGCAACAGAUGCCGACUCAGGAACAAACGGACAAAUCGUAUAUUCAAUCACUUCCGGUGACGGGCAGACGACAUUUGAUAUUGACGCCACCACGGGUGAAAUAACAACGGUAUCCGCAUUAGAUUAUGAAAUCAAAAGGAUCUUUAGUCUGGUUGUCAUGGCGACGGACAGUGGCACGCCGACACCAAAUAGUGCCACAACAAUGGUUGUGAUUUCUCUCAACGACCUGAACGACAACAGUCCAACCUUCACUCCAUCGACCCUCACUGUAGAGGUAACGGAAAACGUUGCCAUUGGAACACCAGUAGUUACAAUGGUGGCGUCGGACGCUGAUUCAGAUGCUAACAGUAACAACAAGUUUGUCUACAUAAUGAUAAGCUCUUUGUUUUCUAUUGACCCAAAAACGGGGACUAUAGCUACGAAAGGCCUCAUCGACAGAGAGAAAACAGCACUCCAUCUCCUGACAGUGACCGCCCGGGACCAGAACGGAGUGGGACGGGUGGGGACUGCAACUCUAACUGUCAACAUCGUCGACGAGAACGACAACUCCCCCGUCGUCACCGGCACCUACUCUAAGACUGUUCCCGAAGACACCAAAGUGGGCACAAUUAUCGACACUGUCACAGCAACCGACGCCGACAGCGGUCGUAACGGCGAGAUGACCUUCACAAUUACCAAUGGUGACCCAAACAGUGACUUCACUCUGGAUACAACAUCCGGCAUUUUGCAACUAAGAAAGGUCUUGAACAGAGAAGUAACGCCUAGCUACGCUCUUGAAAUCACCGUAACUGACAACGGAGUCACACCAAAAGACGAUGUCGUCAUUGUUUCCAUCACAGUCGGAGACGUCAACGACAAUGACCCAGUGUUUCAGAACUUGCUAUAUAACUUCAGUAUUGCGGAAAAUGUCCCCCUCGGCUCCACCGUAGAUUACGUGACAGCGUUGGAUGCCGACAUGGGCGUGAACGGGGAUGUUGAAUAUGCAUUUAUUAUAUAUUGGCAAGGCAAAACAUCCGAUUUCACUGUAGACAGUGUAACAGGGGAAAUAACCACUGCUGGAGGUUUAGACCGAGAGACGAUGGACACAUACCAAAUAUGGCUGAGAGCAUCAGAUAAGGGAACUCCUAGCCGAUACAGAAACACUAACGUCACCAUCGUCGUUACUGACCUCAACGACAACGAUCCUCACUUUGAUUCCCUUUCGUACUCGGCCACAAUCAGAGAGGACCUUGCAGUUGGUACAGCCAUCCUUCCAGUGAUGGUGACAGACAACGACAUCGGUGUCAACAGUGACAUCAAGCUGUCCAUCGAUACGUCAACAUCAGAGGGGACUACGGCUGAUCUGGUGUUUGCGACUAAUUCAGUCACUGGAAUUGUGUCUCUGAAAACCAAUGUUUACCAAGACGCCGACCGGACGUAUAUUUUCAAAGUCCUCGCUGUUGAUGGAGGCGCGACACCCCGCACUGCGACAGCUACGGUGACGAUUAACGUGCAAGACGUCAACAACAACCCCCCUGUUAUUUCUCCUCGUUUUUACAACACUGAAGUGGCUUACAACGGUGUCUGUGACAGCUCCAUUACCACCGUGACAGCAACAGAUGCAGACAGUGGACUGAAUGGGCAGAUCAAGUACUUCCUCUCACAGAGCACCUACACCUAUCUGUUUUCCAUGGAUGGGGCCUCGGGAGUUGUCUCCCUUGCGUCCCAAGCUUCAAACAACUUCCGUUACGUCAUAGAAGCCUUGGCACAAGAUGCUGGCAGCCCCGUGCUCACCGCUACGACCCCUGCCACCAUCCGCAUCGACUCCUUCGACCCCAACGUCGUCGCAGUCACCUUCAAGCUCAACAUUGACCGGACCACUUUCCAAGCCGAGAAGGGCACCUUCAUCUCUGAACUCCAGACCCUCAUACGGGCUUCUUACCCGUCCGCCAUGUUCAGGGUGUGGUGUGUAGAGUCCGCGGGCACCACCCAAGUAUCAGGAAGGAGGAAGCUACUCCAGGCGUUCAGUCCGGUGACCGUGCAUGGGUACACUGUAGCAGACAGCUCUACCGACUCCGUCAGUAACGUCACGCAGGACAAGACGUUGCUGACGUCCUCAGAGACACUGAAGUUCCUCUCUACCGACCCCCUGGGGACGCCGAUUUCGGCCCUUAAUGAGGGAGGCCUAGCUGGGCUCAGUAUCCAAUCUGUGAGGCGCUACUAUGACCCCGUGACCCCUUGGGCACAGACGUUAGAGGGCAUCAUCAUCCUCACCGUCAUCGCCGUUGUCAUCCUAGUCCUCAUCUGCACUGUCGUCGUCUCCAGUCUCUACGGUUGCAGGAAAAAGAAAAGACCCGUCAGCCCUCAACCAAGACGAGUUGGUACACCACAGUCCAUCACCGUCGUCACACCACAAAGUAAUAUACCGGAUAUCCUGUACAUGGACCCCCCUCCAGUCUACACGGAGUACGACGCACCCGUCAAGUCUCCGCGAAACCUGUUCAAGAACAGGAAGUUCCGGUCUCUCGCCAUUUUGAACAGAGAGUUUGAAGGAAAAGCGGUUGACCCAGCUUCCGGGAAGGUGUACGGCUAUAAUACCAGAACCAAUGAGAGGAAGUGGCUGACGACAAGCGAGGGUGGCAGUGUUCGGGUCACCCACCGCUGACCUACUGCCAACACCGUUAGGCUGUGCUGCUGCGAAGGAUACGUCCUAUCUGUAAUGGUUAUUCGGACACCAUUUACUGACAUCGAUCACAUUUGUGUCUGGCAGAUAGUCUACUUACACAUAUCAAUAUGUAUUGCAAAAAAAAUUAAUCUGACAGCGAUGUAUCACACAUGUUAAACACAUGGAAGCUGCACUGAUUAUUCUUGAUACAAUAGGAUGGUUUAAUAAACGAGGGGAGUACCAUCCCUGACAUCC